UUCUAACUCCCCCAUGGGGCCUCUUUUCACGCUGAUGCGGAAACUCAAUCCAUACACCGAAGCCUCUCACAACAUCCUUGCAAAAUGGACGUCAAGUACAUACAACUUUCCUUGGUGGCGUUAGUAACAUUAUGUCUGAGUUUCUUACUACAAAAGGCAAGUGCUAUUGAAUGCUUCGAGUGCAACUCGCGAGAUCCAGUCUAUGGAGCACGGUGCAAAGAUUCACCGAAAUCCCUGAUGGCUUUGCCACAAUUUUACAAAAACUGCUCACAAGAAAGUGGAAGAUGUAGAAAGAUUCAACAAGAGGUGGACACGGAUGAAAGGAUUAUUCGACAAUGUGCUAUAAAUAAUCAUACCGAACUUGGUUGUUUUGAGAGAGCGGGUACCUACAAAAUCAAAAUGAACUAUUGCGAAUGUGACACUGACGGUUGCAAUUCUGCAUCGUACACCUCCGUUUCCAUAGCAACAGUCAUAUGCUUUGCAACAGGAUUUAUGCUGUUUAUGGUUUUAUAGAUAGAAUUAGUUUUUAACUUUCCUCGGCAUGUGUAGUGUCUUUCUGUCAGAGAGACAGUCUAGGUGUAGUACACGUUAGUUGUCCCUUCUGUACAAAUGAUUUCAAUAUGAGUGUGCUUUUGCAAAUGAACAAGUGCUACUUACAUGUAGUUUUGUGGUGGUAAAUUCACCGACAAUGGAUUGAUAUUGUGUUUUUAUAAUUCGUUUCGUCACUCUACAUUUUUAACACUGUCUUCCACAACUGAGAUUUUUUUUAGCAAAUGUCGAUCUGUAGUUCGAAUAUACGUAUAUAUUGGCAGUCACCAGAAUUUUUUAUCGUUCAGUAUUAUUUGUUUAACACAACAUAAAUGGCCUUUUUAUUCAAUAUCAUUUCUUUAAUACUACAUAAAUUGUCAUUUUAACCACAGGUGUAACGUACUGAUCUUUUAGCAAAACUCUUUUUGUUGACAAAACUCUACUAUCAUCUGUAAUUUUUUUUAUAGAAAGUAGACCUCUAUAUGUCAUAUUUUACGUAAGUACACGUGUUAGCAUGAUAUGUUUUAUCAGAUACAUUUAUAAAUCUCAAAUACACGACAGGCCAUGCAACGGUAGGGAGUCCCCAUCCACCCGUUAUGUCAGUAAACCUGGUUGGUAGAUGCAUAUUAUACAUCUGUCGUGACCAAAAAGAAAUAUGGGUCGUGAUGACCCCAUUUUUGGAAUAACAUUGUGCCCAGGUUGCAUUUUUCAUUUGAUCUUGUUUAUCAGAGCUAGAAUUGUAAAAGCGCCGGAUUGUGGCUUGCCAAUUGUAGGGCGUUUGAUUUGUAAGAUUGGUGUUAAAAGAAUGAUGAAAUUCUGUGUACUUCUUUAUAUAUGACUUGAAAGAAUGUUACUCUUGUCCUAAACUAUUAUUGAUUGGUAUAUAUAAUGGCUUCAUAAAGCAGGUAAUUUUGACUACAUUAAACUUGUGUCAUUUAGUCACAUGUAAAAGUACAUUUCCUGUUUGGUAUUAAGUAAUUUAGUCACUAGUAGUGAUAUCCGGUCUAGUUUAUCAUGUUACCUGGCAGUGUACUUUAUGACUAAUUUCAAAAGAUGCACACACACCCCUUUCCCAGGCAGAAAUCAGCUGGGGGAUUUUGUAGUAAAUUUCAACAUUUUAAUACAAACUUUUGAUAAAAGACUCCAAAUAAAAUUGUCACAAAACA